AUGCAUGAUCCUCAGAAUAAAAAACAGUCUCGGAGCGUGAAGAGGGUCAAAUCGGGCUGUAGGACUUGCAAGAUCCGUCGUGUUAAAUGUGACGAAAGUAGACCAGCCUGCCGGCGCUGCGUUUCCACUGGAAGAGCCUGUGAUGGCUAUGGAAUUUGGGGAGGAGGUGGUAACCCAUACGGUCAACCACAGAGCAAUCGGGCUCUUUCAGUAUACUGUACCCCGGUUCCAUCCGGCAGCAUGACAGUCGAUGAGCAGAUGUAUUUCAACUGGUUUAUGGAGAAAACCACCAAGAAAUUCGCUGGUCUCUUCGCAUCUGACUUUUGGGAGACCCUUGUCUUGCAAGCCAGUGCACAAGAACCUGCUGUGCGCCAUGCGGUGGUCGCCUUGUCAGCAGCUCACAGAUUCGAUCGAAGCGACAGCCCAUGGGCUAUCCCUGCAACUUAUGGCUUCGAUGCGGAACAAUUCACGUUACAGCAAUAUAAUAAGGCCAUCCACUUCUUACGUUCAACGACGGGCUCCACAAAUCCAUACACUCUACGUGUGGCUCUAAUUACCUGUCUGGUCUUUGUGACGUUGGAAUUCCUGCGCGGGCAGUACAAAAUGGGCAGUGCACAUCUCCGCUAUGGAAUCAAAUUACUUUCCAAUAUUUCAUCGCCACAUCCUCGAUCCCUGAUGUCGCCGAGUAUACUAAGCCCCGCGGAGGAUUUUGCGCAUAAUGCCUUGAUUGACUCAUACUCACGUCUUACUGUCCAAUCAGCUCUGUUCGGUCAAGUACCAUCCAAUUUGUGCAUUAUUACAAGGGAUCCAAAAGAAAAUGCUAUCCCAUACACAUUUUCUGACGUGCUUGAUGCGCGACGAACACUGGAUGACCUCUUGAAUCGAGUCCAUUGUCUCAAAAGAUACUAUUAUGAUGUCUACUCAGAGGAGAGUCAAGAUGAACCUUCCAUGUUUGAGACGCAGAAACGUAUCCUAGCAGAUCUAUCUCUAUGGCGCAAAUCAUUCAAUGCCUCCUUACCUCUUCUUGAUUCUGGAGAAAGUAUCAGCCAAAAGUUCAGAGCUACACUACUAUCUGUAUACCAUGAAAUGGCAACAAUCAUGGCCUCUGUCUGUCUAUCAGACGAUGAAAUGAUCUUCGACUCAUAUACCGAAAACUUCAUCGCCAUUCUAAAAGGGUUUACCGACUUGUGGAAUUUAUGGGCAAGUGUUUCAGUGGCAGUGAAGGAAGUCAAGGAUAUAUUCAGUACUCCAGAGUCAGAUCUCGACUGCCAUGAGUUUACAGUGGAAUCUGGGUUCAUUCCACCUGUGUACUUCACAGCGCUUAAGUGUCGCAUUCCUCAGAUCAGACGACAGGCCGUUCGAAUUCUGAAGGCUGCACCACAUAGAGAAGGCGUAUGGAACGGCGCACUUCUUGCCCAAGUCUUGGAUGAGGUGAUCAGAAUUGAAGAAGAUGGAAUUGAGAGCAAAGAGGCUAGUAUUGACGUGCCCCUCUUUCCAUUUGUGCCAUCUGCCAAGGACUUCCCACCACCGAAUAUCAACGGUUCAUCGCGUCUCUCAGAUGUAGCGGUUAUUCUACCAGAUCGAGUGAAGGAGGAUACGGUCCUGAGCUACAAAAAGCUCCAAGCUGGAAAUUGGAGCUACUAUAAACACACAAUCAAACCAAACAGGGAGAAAGAUACAGAGUCAUAUUUUCAGCUCUUUCGGAAUUAA